AAUCUCCACCCCGAGAGAACAAAUACACGUGAACGUACAAGGUUGUUUUGAAAAUGUUGUGUGCACGCAUCGGCAUGCUAAAAAGGUUUGUGCCCCAGCAGAAGGCUGCAUUGGGGUUCACAGCUUCAAGAUUGGCACACUCACUGCCAGAUCUGCCGUAUGAUUUCAAUGCACUUGAGCCAGUUAUUGGAGCAGAAAUUAUGGAAAUCCAUUACAAAAAACACCAUGCAACUUAUGUUAACAACUUGAAUAUUGCAGAAGAGAAAAUGGAGAAAGCAUUGGCAGAAGGUGAUACAAACGCUGCCAUUUCUUUGCUGCCUGCACUGAAUUUUAAUGGUGGAGGACACAUUAAUCACUCCAUUUUCUGGACAAACCUUUCUCCAAAUGGAGGUGGAGAGCCAACAGGUGAUCUUAAGGAAAGUAUUAAUAGGGAUUUUGGUGGAUUUGAAAGCAUGAAGAAAGAACUGAUUUCAAAAACGGUGGCUAUCCAAGGGUCUGGCUGGGGUUGGUUGGGCUAUAAUCCUCACACCCAGAGAUUAAGACUAGCUGUUAGACCUAAUCAAGAUUCUUUGUUUCCUACUCUUGGUCUUAUUCCACUCUUGGGCAUUGAUGUUUGGGAGCAUGCAUAUUAUUUGCAGUACAAGAAUGACAGAGGAGCCUAUGUGAAUGCUAUUUGGAAUAUCAUUAAUUGGGAUAAUGUGGCAGACAGAUAUGCCAAUGCUAGAAUGCAAAAUUAAACAAAUGAUUUGUUGAGGAUGUUUGUUGUAAAAGUCGCACAUCUAUUGUGGAAGGCAAUUUGGUGAUUUCACACCAUUUUGAGAGAAAUGCACAAAAUGUAAAAAAAAAAAAUGAAAAAUGCACGAAAAAUAGACUUUGACCAGCUGACUUUGUCACCAUAUGUUUUUGCUCUGUACAACUUAUACAUGUGCCAUUUGUGAAAAGAUAAAACUGUGCUGCUCAUAUUCUGCCCAUUUAACAUCAUUAGCAUGAAUGCAAAGCUUCACUGCAGUCAUAUUGUAAUUGUAGCAAGUAGUGAAAAGUUUACUGACAGCCUUUAAAAACUUUGAGACAAAUAUUUUUCAACAUAAUUUUUAUUUAGAAGCUCUAAACUGGAUUUUUUGUGUGAAUCUUGAAUAUGAAUUUUCUGCUUAGGAUGUUGGCAUGUGGAAACAAAAUGCUCAAGGUUUAAAGAAACAACAAAAAUCUGAACAAAAGAAAAUGGCAACUGUCAAACAAAGUCACAACAGAGAACACCUGGUUUGGCCUCUGUUUGUUUCAGUGCAGGUGGCGAUCUGUUGGCACGUGCUUCAGCUUAGAAAAGCGUCCAUGCACAGUGGGGCUACUGAUCUUGGGGUUGCAUGCUGUAUGACUCGCACAGCUAAUCUGGUCCAGGUGUUGCGAUCCUGGUUGAGAGUUGUCACUCUCUUUCACCAUGGACGUGGUCUAUAGUCAACAGAGCUUGUCAUGUUGUGGCAGGUUUCUGAUUGUGGGUUGGGAACAGCCCAUACGGCUGGCUAUAUCACUGCAGCUCUAACAGGCCUGCACCAUACCCAUACCAGUGCAUGGAGACCUUGUUCUCUUGAUCAUUGUGGCAUGGUGCCAUUUACUGGACUAACAGUGGUGACCUUUUUUUUGGCCUUUAUAAAAACCUCCAAAACCAAUCUGCAAAUUGUGCAGAUACCCACUAAAAAUUGCCCAAUGGGUGUUUAGUCCUCUUUUGCAAAGAGGUCAAGCCAUGUGCAAUGAACUGUGACAACUCAUCGUUUCAAUUACCCAAGCACUAAGUCAUCAAUAAAUUUGCAGUGAAUAAUUACAACCCCCUUUAAAGGAAAAAUAUGCAUACGUUUCUGCUCAAGUUUCUAUUGUCUUUCAGUGUAAAUUGGAAUGGCACUACAUCAUUCAACCAGUAGUUCGUAGCUUGGUUGAUGCGACAUUUACAUUAGUUCUAAUUAUUUGCAUGACUGGAUGUAAAUGGGUUGAAAACAUUGAAUAAAUUGGUUGCUAGCAUAAAUGCAAA